AUGACACAGCCAUUCCUACUCAGCUGGGCGGUGACAUACGUCGGGCCAACAGGUUUAGGACUGCCUCGUGACACCGGAGGAGGCCUGAUACGUGACUUUGCCAUCGUUUUCAUUGGGACCGCAAUCACAACUGCAACCUACGAGCACUUGGGCUAUCGCAUCGCGCCAUGGCAAUAUUUCGUUCUGGAUUGA